AUGGAGGGAGAGCCUAUGCCCGAUGCCCUGAUCUCCCCGGCCUUGCAACUGCAGACCGUCUCCGAAUUCCCCGCGCCGUCGCUAUCCCCAUCGUCUAAAUUAGAUGAAGGCUACUCGGACGACACCCGGAGCCAGACGGACAAGGAUCUGGGGUCGGAAAAUGUUAUGGCACUUCCCAACUGGGUGCUCGCUCAGAGUGAAGCCGGCAGAGCUGAACUUGCAUAUAGUCUUCUCCGAUCUCUUCGAACCUCAACCAUCGUCGCAGUGGUCGAACGAUUAAACCCGAUACUUCACAUGGACCCGGUCGUGAAGCUCCCACCGGAGGUGACAUUCGAAAUCUUCUCCUACCUCGAACCUCGUACUCUCCUCAAUGCAUCGCUCGCAUCUCGUUCGUGGCGCGACCGGAUCUUAGACUCCGGUUUGUGGAGAUUUCUAUACGCAAAUGAAGGUUGGCGAUCGGAUUUGUCCGCGAUUCGUGCUUUCGAGCAAGAAAAUUUCGAGCCUGUCUCGCCCCAGACGCGCAAGUCUCGCCUGCGACAUCCGGAACCAGAUCUCGGAGAACCCAAACAGAAAAAACGUGUCCCUCCCAGCUGGCAUGAACGGAGCGGCGAACAGCAGCACUCGACCGUUUUUGGUCCUGUUAUGGAAGCCGACGACGAAGGGGACCACCACAUGAGCGACGGCAAUGAACGCACCCCAGGUUCCUCUCACGAUUCAGACUUCACCCUGCCAGAUUCACUCUCUGUGGCCUCCUCGCCUCUAUACCCACCAUUGCAAACUUCUCUGCUCCUGCGAUCCCCCAACGGCAAUGCUCAAAUCAACUGGACCCACCUUUAUAAGCAGCGGCGGCGUCUCGAAGCAAACUGGCACAAAGGCCGCUACACCAAUUUUCAACUGCCAGACCCUUCUUACCCAGACGAAGCCCACACGGAAUGUGUCUAUGCAAUUCAGUUCGAAGGUGAUUGGCUGGUCAGCGGAAGCCGUGACAGGACCGUCCGAGUCUGGAAUCUGAGUACUAAACGACUGCGAUACAACGCACUGCGAGGGCAUGCCAAGUCGGUCCUAUGUCUCCAGUUUGACCCUCAUCCCGAGGAAGACAUAAUUAUAUCUGGCAGCAGUGACAAGACUGUCAUCGUCUGGAAGUUUUCCACCGGAGAUCUGAUCCAUCAAAUCAAAGAAGCGCAUGCUGACUCUGUGUUGAACCUCAAGUUCGACAAACGCUACCUUGUCACCUGCUCGAAAGACCGAACCGUUAAGGUAUGGAGCCGCCGGGAUAUGCUACCCACCAGCGCAGAUUACCCGCAGGUAUGCCGAGGGGGUGGAGCGGCGUAUCCUUCAUAUAUCAUUGAUCUCAAGGAAGCUUCACCCAAUUUCAUUGAAGCCGGCAUUGCCAAUGGCCAUAUUCAAGCCCUCAAGCCCUACUCGUUGCUAAUGGCUGUGCAUGGACACAGUGCUGCCGUAAACGCCAUGCAACUUAACGGGGAUGAUAUUGUCACUGCAUCUGGAGAUCGCAUGAUCAAAGUCUGGAAUAUCCGAACAGGUGCUUGUACGAAGACGUUGAUGGGCCACGAAAAGGGAAUCGCUUGUGUUGAGUUCGACAGUCGCAGAAUCAUUAGCGGCAGCAACGACAACACCGUCCGCGUCUAUGAUCACAUCUCGGGGGCGGAGGUGGCCUGCCUUCGCGGUCACAGCAACCUCGUUCGGACCGUUCAAGCAGGUUUUGGCGAUCCUCCCGGCGCCGAUGAAACCCUUCGUCAAGAAGCGCAGGCCGUGGAAAAUGACUUCUUCGCUGCUCAAGAGACUGGAGAAGCCGUGGAUCUGGGUCGGCGAGAACAACGACGCCGAACUGGUUACCAAACUGACACCCACGGAUCACGAGACCCUCGCGAUAUCACUGCGCUGGGAGCUAAGAUUCCCCCUGGGGGUGGAGGUAGCAAUUGGUCCCGCAUCGUGUCAGGAUCUUAUGAUGAGACCAUCGUGAUCUGGCACAAGGAUGGCGAGGGGAAAUGGACACAGGCACAUCAAUUGAAACAACUCGACGCCAUCGCCAAUACCGCCCAUGACAACCUCAGUCAAAUGGCGCGCAACACGGUCGCCGCUCAAGCUCAACACCUACAAGCAGCCCAGGUUCUCAUGACACUCCCUGGUCAACAGGCUGGCGGCCAACUCCCCAAUGCGAACGCCCAUGCUGGGCCCGCCAAUCCCCACAACCAGGGCCAAGCAAUGCCCCCUGCAGCCGCCAACGGGGCCCCACCCAAUCCUCUUGCCGCUCAUCACCACCAUCACCACGUCCACCCACGCCGACCUCCAUUUAUACCUCAUAACACUGCGAGAGUAUUCAAACUUCAGUUUGACGCGAGGAAAAUCAUUUGUGCCAGCGUCGACCCUCGCAUUGUAGGAUGGGAUUUUGCCAACGACGACGAAGAAAUCAUCGAGGCAUGCCCAUUCUUCCAGGGACUAUGA